AUGGGUGCCGACUCCGACCGCGCUGCCGAUUUCUCUUUCGAUGACCAGCCGUCGAAGAGUUCCUUCUUCUCGCGCCUUAAACUGCCCCUCCGCUCGAGGACGCGCAACCUCGCCGACUUCCAAGUAGGACUCGACGAGCCGCAUCGCCAGUUCCAGGCCGGCGAUCAUGUCACCGGCUCCGUCAUCCUAUCCGUCAUCAAGCCCAUCCGUAUCACCCACCUAACGGUCGCAUUGCACGGAUAUAUUCGCGUAUACAAGAAUGCUGCCGCCGCUGCUCAGCUCAAUGCCACGAACCCCACCGUGGCGCCGGACGGGGGGAGUAGGAGCUUCAGGUAUUAUGGCAAUGGGCACGCAUCAUUAUUCUCGGACGAGCAGGUCUUGUGUGGGGAGGGAAGAUUGACUGCGAGGAAGUGGGAAUUCAAAUUCGAUCUGAUAUUGCCACCUAAGGACCUCCCAAGUAGCAUCGACUUUGAACGAGGGACAAUAGCGUAUGUCAUCACCGCGACCAUGACGCGCCCAACGUCCAUUAGCCAAACAACCAGCGCCGAGACCAAGCUAUCGCUCGUCGAAAAGGUAGAUGUUGGGCUGGUGGUUCCACCACGCGAGAGGAAGGUCACCAUGCAUGCCAUGCGCAGGCGGACAAGGAGGAAGAAGCAACCAGUAGCCACAACAACAACUGCGGUGAGGAACUCGGCAACUCCAGAAACGCCCGAGCCUGCAUCCGACAUUGAUUCGAUACGGGUGAACGAGAAUACCAAUGACAGUUCUGUCAAUCUCUCGGACCCUGGACAAGCGGGACCUGAUGGCGUUCUCAUUCCGCGGAGUCCAAUCCAGAGCGAUAUGCAAAGCGACAUCAGCGCAGACAGUGUUCCUAGCAAUAACAGCAAUAGUGUCAGAGGUGCAGAUGCGAGCUGCCGUUCAGCUGCCGGAAGCGGAGUGUCAGCACUGGGGAUAGAGGAUAGAGAAAUAACGGCGACGGUCGAGCUGCUCAAGGGAGGCUGUCUCCCCGGGGACUUGCUUCCCGUGAGGAUUAAGGUUGAGCACAAUCGGCGCAUGAAGAGCAUGCAUGGCAUCAUUGUUACGUUUUACCGGCAAGGUCGAGUCGAUUACGCCCCGCCGGCGUCUCUAUUUACGAAUUUGUCAAAGGAGGAUGCGCGGCGACUUGAACGCGAAGAAUACUACCCUAAGUCACGAACCGGGUUGGGUGGCCUAUCCUUAUCAUCCGCCGGCUCUUGCAGCGUGUUUCGGAAGGACCUGUCUCAAGCGGUGGCCCCUUUAAUUAUCGACCCCGUCAGUCUAUCCGCAAACAUCACGACCUCCGUACGAGUGCCGGAGGAUGUAUUCCCUAGUAUCAAAGGCGUUCCUGGGGGCUUGAUUAGUUUCAAGUAUCACGUGGAAGUCGUGGUUGAUCUAGGUGGGAAGCUUGCCGGCCAGACACAAGGUAACGCACCAACGCCUGGCAGAGUGGGAUCUGUGUCAGCACCAGGAGCUGGAUCAGGCUCCGCCGUGAGCCCAUAUGAAGGUCAUUUGAACAGACUUGCGAAUUGGAAUGGCACCAUUGUCGACACGGAUCACCUUCGCCGGGAAAAGGGGGUUAUUUCAGUCUUGUUCGAGGUGGUAGUGGGAACAAUGGAUAGCAAUCGGGCAAGAGGAAAGGCCGUGGCUCGGCCCACGCUGAUCCUACAGUCUCCCUCUGCACAGGAACUCCCUAUCGACGCCGAUGAAAACAACUACACUUGGCAAGAUGGAUUCGAGGAAACUGAUGACUACAAUGAGAUCGGCUAUUCUCACGACCAAUCGCGAGAGUACUUUCCGCCAGCCGCUGCGUCCCAACCAUCCUAUCACGACUACCAAGGAGGGCAGCCUCAAAUUCCGGCUUAUAUAGCACCACCGCAACUACCGGAUCAAAGUGGACUUUCAGAGAAGGAACGCUUACGUCAAGCCGAACAGCGUUUAUUGCCCAGUCAACCUCGUUCCCAAGUGUCUGCCUCGGAACCUGAUCCUUCGCAGCCGUUGCCGUCCACCGAAUCAAUAACGGGACCGAGCAAUGAUUUACCACAGCCUAGCGCUCCUGUAUUCCCGUCACUGGUCAUUGAUGAUGAUGUCGAAGCAGGGCCAUCCGCACCUCCGCUAGAAGCCUUAUCACACUCGGAGACAAAUCCUGUGGAUGAUAAACAAGAGCUCGAAUGGCGAAGGUUACUGGGUGAGGCAAGCGCGCCGCCUGAAGUACCAGACGACUAUGAGGAGGGAGAACGUUCGUCGCCAGCCAUCAAUGCGGCAGGGCCUCCUUCUACAAACCCUGAGCCAUCAGCGCCGAUUCUUGACGAGCUAGAUUCUUACGGGUCGCACUAUCCCUACGAGGCCUACGAGGGGAUCGCUGGCCCAUUGACGGCUAGGCCUUCACACAGAAAUGACCAUGGAGACGAACAACUACCAAAGUACGAGCGGUGA